UCUAUUACCGCCCCAAGAUUUUUUCAAUGCACACGUUUCGUUGUGUAUACUUUUAUGAUUAUAUCGACACACAAUCAGCUAAAAUUCAGGUAUUAGUGACUGAUAUGGCAUCAGGAUAACAUUGAACAGUAGAGACUCAAAAAGAAACUUUGAAGUUAACAUGGCUGCCCCAGUACUUACCCCACAACAGCAGCAGGCAAGUUUAAGAGCAAAUAUGCCUAAACCUGGAAAAUCAGGAAAGCCAGAAAAAGCAAAGAAAAUUGUAAUAAAACAUGUUCUAAUGAAUCCUUAUAGUAACACUACAUGGCCUUCUUUAGAAAAUGGAGUGGAAGGUUGUUUGUUAGAGAAAUUAGCAACAAGUUUUGAUAAAUUUGCCUUGCCAAAGGAAAAAGCUGGAUUGAAAAGAAAAAAUCUGGUAAAUGAAGAAGUUCAACAAACUAAAAAGAAACUUAGAUCACAGGUUGUCUUUGGGGUAAACUGUGUUACAAAAGCGCUUGAGAAAGACCGCUUGCAACUAGUUAUCACUUGUAAAUCUGCUAAUCCACCGAUUCUUACUCAACAUUUGAUUGGUUUGUCUAAAACUAGAAAAUGUGUAGCAGUUUGCAUCAACAAUCUAAGUAAAACUUUGUCCGAUACAAUAAAUAUUGGAUCUGUUGCUAUAGGGUUUUUAAAAACAGACGAUGCUUGUGAAGCAGAACUGAACUUUAAAGAAUUUAUAGACUAUGUGAAAAGUGUUGUUCCUAAAUCCUGGACAGAAAACAAGAAGGAUGAAAAAGUUAUUAAAAAAGAUGCUGGUUCAAAAGAAGGAAAGAAAAUUGGUGAAUCAAAGGGAGAUAAUAGAAUUGAAUUUAUUUCAAAGGGAGAUAAUCCUAUAAAUAUUGGAUCUGGUUCCAAGACUGACAGUAGUAACCAAGAGAAAGAGGGAGAUACAAAUAUUACAGACACAUCAUCAUCAUCAUCAUCAAACAAAAUGAAACCAGUGUGUCAAAUCAUGGAAAAACCAGCUGUUACGAAUUCUAGUGUUGAUGAUUAUUCUAGAUUUUAUGUUUUUAAAAAGGAUGUUAAGGCGAAUACUCCAUCUUUCGGUGAAGAUUUUAUAUCAUUUAUGUCAGAUUCUGAUGUUGAAAGUAAUUCUGAAGAAGAUGAAGUUAGAAAGAAACCUAAAAAGUUUAAAAACAUAGAAGCUGAUGAAUAUACUGAAAUUGAUGUGAGAAGGAUGAAACAAAAUGAAAAUAAAAAGAAAAGUAAGAAAAAAAUAAAGAAAGCCCUGAAGAAGCAAAAUAAAUGAUUUCUAAAUUUG